AUGUCGUUCCUACUUGAAGAGACGGAAGCCGUCGUCAACCCCCUCCGAAGUGCCGCACACGAUGCUCGGGUACGCGCGGACGUCUCCCGGGUGUCCAGGAAAGAGCUGGAGGACAACUUCCUGCAGCUGCACGACGACUCUCUACUCCUCAAACAGCACAUACACCAGCAAGAAGACAAGAUCAGGAAGCUGGGCACCAAGCUCCUGAGGCUGGUAAAGGAUCGCCGCCGCAUGGAGCGGCUGGCCGAGGGCGGACUUCCGCCGGCGUCCUCGCGGCGGGACUCUGAGAAGGAAGACCUGUUGGGAGAGUUCCAGGAGAAGCUGCGAGCGCUGGAGGCCGACAACGAGCGACUGAGGCAGCGUCUCUUCGUGGCCGAGCGGCGGCGCCGGCUGGCCUCGGCCGCGCGCUCGCCUCGCCAGCGCGUCUCCAGGAAGCCGGACGACGCCUCCUCUCCUUCGCCCACGCCGCCCAGACGCGCCAGGAGUUUGCCCGGAGACGAGAGACCGCCGACCGCUCAGCCCGCCGCGUCGGCGUACGCGCUGCUGGAGGAAGCGCGAGAAAAGAACCGAAACCUGGAGAACGCGGUGGAAUCGCAGCGGCGCCGUAUCGCUCAGCUGGAGGAGGAGAAAAAUGUCACGCUGCAGCAGCAAAAUAAAUCAGAACUCAGGUCACAGAUCAACAACAACGUGACCAUGAUCAAACUGCAGAAACAGUUGGCCGAACGAUGCGACGCCAUGUCGGAGCUGGAGGAACGCUUCCUACAACUGCAAGAGAGUCAGCAGACGCAGAAGGCGUGUUACGACGCGGCGGCGGCCAAAAUGGCCGAGCUGACGUCGCAGUUGAAGGACGAGCGCGCCAAGGGCGUGGAGCUCCGGACGCAGCUGCAAACGGAGCAGCUGGUUCGUGCCGAGAUGCGGCAGCUGCGGGAGCGCGUGGAGGAGGCGGAGCAGGAGAGAGAUCUUUUGAAGGAGCACAACGACAAACUGCUCAGCGGCAUGUUGGACGGGCGCCCGAGCGCGGAGGAGCGACACCUGGAACGGCAGGUGGCGCGGCUGGAGGCGGCGCUGCAGGCCGACCUGCGGGACAAGGAGACGAUCCUGGAGCAGGUCCGGGCGGAAAGAGACGCCGGCGAGAAGCUGAGAGAAGAAAAGCGGCAGCUUGAAGUCCAGCUGGUCGAGGAGAGGCGCCGGACAGAGCGGCUCCGACGGCGUGGCGACAGCCCGGCGGACGACGGCCGGACCCUCGCCCGAGCUACGCCUGAGGUGAGGCGCCGCGCUAGCGUCACGGUGGGCGUCCGCACAUCGCUUCGUACUCUAUCUCUGUUCGAUGCGGAUGAAAAACCAAACGCGCUGAGAGAACUGAGGGUUGACUCAAAGGACGAGCCAUGCACCAGGAUGUCGUCCAAGUACACGACACACUCGCGGCGUGAAAUGCCAGCAAGCACCCUGUCCAUCAGCCUUGGAACGACGCUUGGACAGCUGGACAACGUGACCGUCCGGGAAAGAGAGAGUUCCAUUUCUGGUGUCGAAUAUGCAGCCAAGAGUCUUCAGGACAUCGAGUCCCAGUAUACAAUCCUCCAGAUUCGCAACACACACUGUGCUCCGAACCCUCUCGGAACCCACACCCAGAGUCACAACUGCUUUCCCGCGCAUAGGGGCCCGCUCGCCGGUAACAGUCUCGCCAUCGUUGGAGAGACAGCAACAGUCCUCCGCCCAAGUCCGACCCAGCACCACAAGUUGCUCCAACUGGCCGUCAACUGUAGCAGUCGACCCCAAAGUCGGGGCGACAACCUGGGGAACCGCAUCGACCCGACUAAGAGGUCCCCGGGUCGUUUCCCCGGGUCGUUUCCCCGGUCCGCUGGCGCCUUAGGACAGUCCCGGACCAAGUGGCCUGGCAAGCCCCAAGCAGCCGCAGCAGCGGGCAGUUCAUCCGCUUCCGCCACCGUGAUCUCCGGACGUACCUUUGGCGGCAUGGCUCCAAAAACGAGGGUGCCUCAAGAGUUUCCGCCUCCCGCGGAUAGCGUCACGCCGGCCGCCGUCGGAGACAUUUACACGGAAACCGUCCAGGAGCUGGAGAAGGUCCGACGGCUGCUGGCCGCCGAGAGUCGCGUCAGCGCAAAUCUCAAGGCGGAGCUGGAGAGCAUUCACGAGAAGAUGGAGCGUGACAAAAAGUGGCGGGCGCGGCAGCCGGAAGCGCGGCCGCAGAUGUUGGCCGGCGACGACGCCUGGGAGCACGCGGAGGGAAGCGCCGGUCGCGCCGCCGAAUGGGAGCGCGCGGCGGGGGGCAUCGAUGGCGCCGCUGCCCGGGAGCGAGCUCCUAAAGGCGCCGGUCAUCCCGCUACACGGGAGGACGCGCCCGAAAGCUGCGUCCGCACCACCGCCCGGGAGUACGCGCCUCUAGGCGCCGGUCAUCCCGCCGCCCGCGAGCGCACGGCAGAAGACGCCGGUCGCAGCCCGAGCCCGCCGGCGGACAAAGGAGAGAACCUGGUGGAAUUUCAGAUCGUGGGCGCCGCCUUGUCACCGGCCGCCCUGGAGGUCCUGGGCGACCCGUCGCCCUCCACCUUCUGCACUUACGCUUUCUACCUGUACGAGCUGCACGCCACCCCGGUGGCGACGGGCGCCUCGCCGCGCUACGGUUUCACGUCUCGGUACGCGGUGAGCGCCAACCGCCGCUUCCUGAACUACCUCCGGCACGGCCGUCUGCGCGUGGAACUGCAUCAGGCGCUGGGACUGCGCGGGAAGACGUUGGCCAGCGCCGCGUUGGAGCUCCGGGGCCUCCUCCGGGACGGCGCGGCGGCCGGCGCGCUGCCUCUGCUCGGAAGCGGCGGGCGAGACGCCAACUUCGGACGAUUGGAUUAUUGGAUCAAAUUGCGUCAUCCCAUCGAGGAGUCGGACGGCGCCGUCGACAGAAGCGUGAUUUUUUUUUCUUCCGACCAGGUGGCGGUAGAGCAGGCGCUGCGGGUCGAGGUGCGCGGCUGCGAGGGCUUGCGCUCGGAGCGCGCGUGGCCACCCAGCCCGUACGUGGUCUACAAAUUGCUGGACUUCCCCGACCAACCCACGUCCACGGCGCGCGACACUCGCCGGCCGCGCUUCGGCCACGUCAGGACCUUCGCGCUGUCGCCUUCCGGCGCCCAGGAGCGCCGCCUGGCUUCCGAAGCGCUGACCUUUUACGUCUUCGACUACAAGGAGCCGCGGACGGAUGCGUACUUGGGCAAAGCCGCCGUUCCCCUGGCUCCGCUUUUGAGCCGGGGGGAGCUCGCCGGCACCUUCGACCUACGCGACUCGUCCGGACGCCACGCGGGCCGCAUCGACGUGGCGCUGGAGUUCUCUCGGAACGGCGACUUCCCUCCGGAGGCGGAGCCGAGCUCUCCGACGCCCGACGAGACGCUCGGGAGCAGAGAACGGCGGGUCACCUUCCGUGGUGCCCCGUCCCCAGAUAGGCGGGUCGCCAAGAAAGUCACCUUCCCGGACGCCCCGCCCCCUGACCCGCAGAAACCGGCGGAAGAAGGCGAGGAAGACGAAGAGUCUUCCAUAUCAGAAGGUCAGUUGGUCCUAACGCGCCGGACCUCCGACCCCGCCGAAGAAGCCCGCAGCCUUCCUCUCGGCGGGGACGCGGCGCGCGGACGCCACUCUCCGUCCGACGACGAGGGCGACGACGUCGUUCGGCGCCGGGCGACCCAGGACUCGCGCCGGUUCCGCGUGGAGGUGGCCAGUCUCAGUCUGGACGCCGAGUCUCGCUUGUGCGCGGACGCGGACGUGGUCCGCCUUUUCGUGGAGUUCGCCUUCCUAGACAUGCCUACCGAGGAAACGCCGGUGUCUCUGCCCAAACCUCCCCCGGGGAAGAGCGUCAGCUUCAACUUCAGCAAAGUCGUUCCCGUGGACUCGAAACGGCGACUUCUGAGGGAGGUCCUGGGAGGACUGAAGCCCGACAUGGAGAGGAUUCGUUUCACGGUGGUGAGCGAGCCGCCCGAAGAGCAAGAGCAAGAGCGGGACUGCGAGGACGUGGGGGUGGCCUACCUCAAGAUCGGGGACCUGUUGAGUCAAGCGGAUGACGUGGCCAGCCUCCACCUCCCAGUCGUGGACGUGAUAGACGGCGUCUCUCCGCUCGGCGUUCUGGCGGUGUCCUUCGAGGGGGUGCGGACGCUGCGCCUCAUCAGGGACGAGGCGGACGCGGAGGCGCGGUCGGCCGGAGCUUGA